GAAGAAGAAGAAGAAGAAGAAGAAGAAACGCCUACUAGCAAGCAACAACAACAUUCCCACGGCCAGUCCAACGAUAGACGCGCGAAUUCUGUGUCGUCAAGAUGGUUCAAUGUCGAGAUGAGAAAUUUCAUGUUACCAUUCGGAAUGAGGGAAGUUCUCCUGGACCUAUUUCACUCGCUGAAAAUGAGUACAAAUGCCUGUUUUGUAAAAAGACUGGAGAGUAUCCUGCUCUGGCGGCACAUGUGCAGACCCACGAGAGGUCUGUUGUCAAGCAUGGAGGGUAUAAAAUAUAUAAAUGCCACCUGGGAUGUAUAGAUAGUGGACACUAUCACUGCUGCUACUGCCGUCAAAGUAUAAUUCGUAAAAACUUAUUUAUUAACCAUGUGCAGAAGUGUGCAUCAACCAAAGUCCACAUUCCAUCUACAGAACCUUCCAGAGAAUGUUUAGAAACCUGUGCUUUAAAACCAACUAACUUUCCAUCGUCCCACAGCAUCUCAACAGUAUAUGCCACAUGUGAUCCUAUCCCUAAACCUUUAACCACUCCAGGUUUACCUCGAGCUUUGACUUCUCCACCAGUCGCAAGCACCUCUGGAUCUUCCAUUAUUUCUGCGCCAUGCAUGGUUGACCACAGUGCCUCAGAAACAGAACAUUUUUCCAGCACUCCACGUACACCAAGUUCCUUGACAGGCUUCAAGACUGCUGUUUUACAUCCUACAAUUGUAAUGCCCUCAGACAAUCAAAAUAUUGUGUGUGCCAACCCAACUAAAUGCAUCUCCACCAGUAACAAAAAAAUACUUAAGUGUAGGCCGAAGCGAACAAUGUGCUGCUUUUGCAACAAGAUUUUAAACAAAAAAAACAUCAAAACUCACAUUCAAAGACGUCAUUCUUUGUCUACUCCAGAUGUCAAUAUAAAUCACCAUCGUCCGUCAACGUGCAUUGACCACACAAAUGGAAUUUCUGCUGUUGGAGGAACAGUCACUGGACCAGUUGCAAUGGAGAGCCCGAUCAGAGAUGUGUUCAGACACUGUAUCAGGUUUCCUGUGCCCAUUUCGGCCUCUGUGGUCACUGAAGAGCUGGUGGACACUGCCACUGACAAGCGGUGCAUUACUGUAUUGGCCCGAUGGGGUCAGUGUGAUUUGGAGAGAGGGGUGAAACUGCAUUUCUCUCAAAGAUGGGCUCUACUGUGUAAACACGACACAAUAGAGCACGUUCUGCCAUCUGGAACAAGCUCACACAUAGAGAAAGAGUUGCUCAGCUGCCAGUCUCCUUCUGGGACUCUUCAAGCUGUCAUCCGAGAGGAAGCAGAACAUCAGUACCUGGAGGUUUGGGGCCAAAAUGGUCUGGAGAAAAGCUUAGACCUCAUAGCUCUGAAUAAGCAUGGAAAAGUAUACGAAGAUGCUCAGUUUGCAUGUUUGGCCUGGUCACCAUGUGAAAAGAAGUUACUGUAUGUGGCUGAGAAGAAGAGGGUGGAGCCGUCAGCUCAAUCAUCAUUUGCAUCAGUCAGUGAGGAUGGAGGGCUGGUGUUGCUUGAGGAACAGGAUAAGAACGUGUAUAUUGAAGACUGGGGUGAGGGGCUGGUGGGUAAAAGCUGUCCAGUCUUGUGUGUAGCUGAUCUCAAUAAAGCUGCAGUCAUUGUGUAUGCUGGCAUCCCUCCUAAUAUAUCACCAGGACAGGCGCUGUGGGGGCCUAAUGGAAGGGGUGUGAUGUUUGUGGGCCAAUGGAAUGAGCCAUUCAGACUGGGUCUGAAGUUCUGCUCCAAUCGUAGAUCAGCUCUCUUCUACUUGAAUAUGAAAGGGAACUGUGAGUGCUUGUCAUCUGACAGCAUGUCUGUGUCGAGCCCUCGGAUGAGUCCAGACUCGUGUUGGAUCGUCUACUUACAGGGCCAGGUCUUUGGACCACAUCAUCAGUGCCUGAGCAUGAUGUUGUAUGAUAUGAAGAACAGAAGCACUUCGGUUUUGGUAGAUGUGGUCAGGAGAGCAGAAAAGGGUCAGUUUGCUGGUAUAUACGAGUCGUUGCCGUCUCAAUGCUGGUCUGCAGACAGUGAGAGAAUCUUCUUCAGCAGUGCCUGUGAAAACAAUAAGGCAGUUUUCUUAGUCAACAGAACCACAGGAAGAGUCUCACAAGUGUGCGGGCUGGAUGUGCUAAGACUAGAUGAUUUCGGGAGUGUGCAGUUGUUGACAAUACAAAAAGAACUGAUGGUGAUGAGCUGCUCGUCUCCAAAUCAGCCACCCUGCCUGAGAGUUGGCUUCCUCUCAACAGUUAAUCAGGCUGAGGAUUUGCAACUUUGUAAUCUGGGUGGAGCAGAUGUGUAUGAGGAAUUUUAUUGGCAGCCCAUGUUGAUCACACCCUCUUCUCAAGAGGAGAACCAUCAGUUCUCUGGACUGAAUUUCGGAGCAAUUUUGUUGAAGCCUUACAGUCCACAAGAGAGAAGAAAAACUCCUCUAGUGGUGAAUAUACACGGUGGUCCUCAUUCUCAUUUCGCUGCUGACUGGAAUGCCACAGCUGCUGCUUUAACCAAACUUGGCUUUGCUGUUCUUAUGGUGAACUACAGAGGCUCCACUGGUUUCGGUCAAGAUGGCAUAGAGUCUCUGCUUGGAAAUGUUGGCAGUCAGGACGUCAAAGAUGUUCAGAGAGCAGUGUUGUGCGCUUUGCAUAAUGAGACUACUCUCGAUCCUGAUAGAGUGGCAGUGAUGGGUGGCUCUCAUGGUGGAUUCCUGGCCUGCCACCUUGUCGGUCAGUAUCCAGCUUUCUACAAAGCAUGUGCAGCACGAAACCCCGUCAUCAAUGCUGCCACGCUGCUUGGGACCAGUGAUAUCAUAGACUGGAGAUAUUCCUCUGUUGGGCUUCAGUAUGCUUUUGACCAGUUGCCCACAUCACAGUCCCUCACUUCCAUGCUGGAGAAGUCACCUAUAAUACACGCUGCACAGAUCCGAGCUCCUGUUUUGUUAAUGCUGGGCGGGAGAGACAGGAGAGUAUCGCCUCACCAGGGUCUGGAGCUCUACAGAGCACUCAAGAGCAGGAAUACACCUGUCAGGUUGUUGUGGUACAGUGAUGAGGGUCACUCGCUGUCUAAAGUCAACACUCAGUCUGACUGCUUCUUCAACAUCGCUCUGUGGUUUAAAGAACAUUUAAACUGACAUUUCUCAGAAGCUUUUUUUAUUUCUGUCUGCACAUUAUUGUGACAUUCUUGCCAAAACUGUAAAAGUCUAUGAAUGCUGCACUGAAGCUAAAUGUACAUGCUAUGGAGGUCACUGUCCAUUAGGGGGCAGACCUGUCUGUUAAAUCAGCACUGCUAAAACAAGGGGUCAAAUGCCAAAGCAUGGA